CCGGCCCGGCCUGACCCCCGCCUGGCAGCUGGUUGCAGCCCGGCCGCGGACUGACAGGGCCGGCGGCAAAGCGGCGGGGCCGGGCCGGAGCCGAAGUUGAGGGCGAAGCAGCCGAGCGGCGGGGCCGCCCCAGCGGGCGCAGUGUCAUCUUGGAGGAAUAUAACUGUACUGUUCCACUAACUCACUGAAAAUUUUGGCUGAUCUACACCUCUGCCUGGGAGACCUGUCUCAUCUCAGCUUAGUGCAGUGGGAGAAGAAAAGCAGUAGACAGCUUACGGGAGGUUUCUUGUGCAUCACUGAGCUAAUCAUCCUUUUUCUAAGCAAAACAAGAUGGAAGGGAGGAAGCGGUACAAAACUACAGAUGAAGUGGUUCCACCAGAGUCUGAGUCUCUUCUUUAAAAAGCAGCUCCAGCGUUGAAAAGGCCGAAAAGCAAACACUCUAGUAAACCAAAAUGGAAGGAGGCAAUGGUCCAAAUCUGCAACUUCAGCAGCUUCCACUGGCCACUACAGCAGUUUCUGUGCAGCCACACACAGACUCCUUUUCUUACAAGGAGAACUUGAUUGGUGCAUUACUGGCUAUUUUUGGACAUCUUGUUAUCAGUAUUGCACUCAAUCUCCAGAAAUACAGCCACAUCCGUCUGGCAGGUUCCAAAGAUCCCCGAGCCUACUUUAGAACCAAGACAUGGUGGUGUGGACUGUUUCUGCUUGUGCUGGGAGAAUUGGGAGUGUUUUCCUCUUAUGCCUUUGCUCCUCUUUCGCUGAUUGUGCCACUCAGUGCAGUGUCUGUUAUAGCUAGUGCAAUCAUAGGAAUUAUAUUUAUUAAAGAAAAAUGGAAGCCGAAGGAUUUUCUAAGGCGGUAUGUUUUGUCCUUUGUAGGCUGUGGUUUGGCAAUUGUUGGAACUUAUCUGCUGAUAACAUUUGGACCUAAUAGUCAUGAGAAGAUGACAGGAGAGAAUAUCACUAGGCAUUUAGUGAGCUGGCCAUUUCUGUUGUAUAUGCUUGUGGAGAUCAUCGUAUUCUGUCUGCUGCUAUAUUUUUACAAGGAGAAAAAUGCAAACUACAUUGUAGUUAUUCUUCUCCUGGUAGCUUUGCUGGGUUCCAUGACUGUUGUGACCGUGAAGGCUGUGGCAGGCAUGAUUGUUGUCUCGAUACAAGGAAACCUCCAACUCAACUACCCUAUAUUUUAUAUCAUGUUGGUAUGCAUGAUUGCUACAGCGAUCUUUCAGGCAACAUUUUUGUCUCAAGCCUCGCAGCUGUAUGACUCGUCUCAGAUUGCCAGCAUCGGCUAUAUCUUGUCCACAACAGUAGCAAUCACAGCAGGAGCAACUUUCUACUUGGAUUUCACCGGUGAAGAUGUUCUACAUAUAUGUAUGUUUGCACUUGGAUUUUUGUCUUCUCUCAGGUGUCUCAUAGCAUUUCUAGGUGUGUUCCUGAUCACUAGAAAUAGGAAGAAAUCUGUACCCUUUGAACCUUACAUAUCAAUGGAUGCUAUGCCAGGCAUGCAGAACAUGCAUGAUAAAGGAAUUGCAGUUCAGCCUGACCUCAAAGCUUCUUUUUCCUAUGGUGCCCUGGAGAACAAUGACAACAUGCCGGAAAUUUAUACUCCAGCUACUUUGCCGAUAGUGCAGGAGCAACAUGGUUCCAAAGGAGUUUCUGUUCCACCCUACCGAGUGCUGGAACACAGCAAAAAGGAGUGAGUGACCUUUAAGGAACUGAUUUGAAUCAUUGGAAGUAUGCCCUUUAUUUAUUUACCUCUUUCAGUUUAAAAUAUAAGUAGGUGUAAAGCCAACUUUGAUAUAGUUUAAAGCUUGUCUCAACUUUCAAGGAUGAUUAUUUUAAUAAAUUCUCUGUAACUGUGAAGUUGAAAGCAUUUGUCGUAGCAAGAAGUAAAUCACAGUUCUCCUUUGAAGGCGGCUAUCUAGGAGCAUGAAAUAGUGAGUGCAGUAUUGUGGCUGUAUGAAACCAAUGAGAUAGCAGGCAUUGUGGAAAUGCAGAGUCGUGAGGAGAAGUGACUGUGCAAUUUAUAGCCUUUCUGGGAAUGCGUCUACUUCCAAAUGGAAAUUUUCAAGAGCUGCCCACAGUGAGAGAAAGGCAGGAUUUAAUCUUUCAUAUGUAGACUGUGAAGGAUUUCUGGAAAAGAUGUAAAUCUUCAUGUGUCUGACAUAACUACCAAACUACCUUAAUAUGGCAAUAAAAUGGUACUGUUUUCAAGCAAGAAUACCGGGGCUUACUGUGUCUUCAGAGUGGCAUAAUCGGCAAAGAAAAAGCAAGCUACUUUAUUUCUUCAAAGCAUACAUCUUUGGCAUUUCCUGCAUAACUAUUCUCUGACUGGUGUUGAACAUAUGCACUGAGUAUAUGAAUUGUUUUAUAGCACCAUUGGAUUAUAUGGCAGCUUAGGGCAAAGAUGAUCUUUGCCAGUUUGCUGGUUUCGUAGCAGGAGCUUCACGUUGGAUCAAAUGGUGCAAAAGGAACAUUGUAAAGUAAAAGAACAAGAUGAAAUGAGAAUAGCAGUGUGACCAUUAUAGCUGAUGGAAGAUUCUGUAGCUGUUGAGAGCUCCACAUUCUCAAUCAUUUUGUUUUCUCUCUUCGUUGGGCAGGAUUUCUGACUUUGUUUAGUGGUCUUAGAUGCUUAGAGAUGUCCUCAAUCCCUUGAUAAUUUAAAAAAGCUCAGCCUACAUCUUGUAUGUGGGAGUUCUCUACCUUUUUUUUUCUCAAAAGCAAAAAAUGGUACUGGCCUAGUAUUGUGAAUGAGCUAAGAAGAAAAAACAAGCUUGCACAGUCCAGCACUCAACGAGGACUGUAACAGUAAUGAAGCAUUGUGUACUCAUGAUAUUUAUCUUUCCAGUUUGCAAGAGAUGGCCAGAAGCUGAUAGGAAGGGAGAAUAGGUGCAAUGGGAAGCUUGCCUAGUGAAAAGGACAGUGUUCACUGGUGUGUGCAAGUUAUCUCUGCUUUCUAGGCAGUUGAAAUUUGAUACCAUCAUCUUUUCUAAAGACAGUUAUUUUGCUGGGAAACAAAAUUGUAAGUCUGGUUGGUGCGUCCUGGACUGUAUGUGUAGCAGUGUCUGCAGGCAUUUAGAAAACUGUAUUUGAAAUGAGUAUCAGCUGUAUUCAGUGGAUUUUAAGUAGUCACUGAUACCAAUGGUUUCAGGAGGAUUUAGGACUUGUAACUGUGGCUUUCUUUUUAAUUGAUUUAGGCCAGAUUCUGCUCCCACUACCAAAAAUUCCCAAGAACUCCCUCAACUUGUAUAUAGUUAUUCCAGAUUCCUGCUAUUGUACAUAACAACAGAACUGUUCUUUUGCGUAUGUUUGCCUUGCCAGCUAUGAAUACUAAUUUAAUCUGGAAAUACUUGAGACUGCUUUGGCAUUUUUGUGUAACUUCAAAAAAAAAAUGUAACCUCUCUUUGCAAAGAGUGGAUGCCUGGUGUCUGUAUGUGUACCUCUAUGUGAAGUUUCUUCACGACUUUGGCAUGUCUGACAAUUCAGAUCUUAUCAGUGGCAUCCUGUACACUACGGCUUAUGAAACCUCAAGAAAUAUCUGCUUUUCUUUUGCCUGCAAUACUUUGUGUUCAAGUAAGAUAACAAUGUUAAUGGGCUAAUAUUGCCAGUACAUUAGUCUUCUUGGACUUGCAAUGACACUGAUUUACUACCUUUGGCUCUGAUUCUUGGUAAUCAAUUUUUUGUGAAUUUGUGUGGCUUUUGUUCAUUAACAAUAUAAAACAAAGUAGUAAAGGGUAGGUUGAAUGAGAAGGGUACAAGAAUGCUGGCUUUUCUUAUCUCUUCCGUUUUAAUCAAUGAGGCAGUAGCUGUUUUGACGUAGCAGUUCUGAAACCACAGAAAUGUAUUAUUUUAAAACAAGCUGUGUUAUGCCAUGGAUACCUACAAACUUCACCUUUCACAUAGUAGUAUUCUCUUUUUAAUUACUAUGGAGGUUACCACAUUAUAAAAUAGUUGAUCUAAAGGGCCUGGGUUGCUAUUGACUUCUGUUAUUAAGAUGAUCCUAUGCGUUACUGAAUAUAUUUUUUUUCCAAUUCUCAGAGCUUCCUAGUUCUACUUAAAAACUAAGGUUGAGUAGUAUGCAGACUUUGUGGCCAAUAAAUAGUUGAUAAGGUUUUUGUCCUAAUCUUAGGACUGUCUUUAUUCCUAACAUCACGAGGUAGACCCAGAGCCCUCCACCAGAGGGAGAGAGCCGCUCUGAUGCAGAGCCUCCACUUGUACCUCCUGUUUGUGGGCUGCUCUCUGGUCUGAUUCGGUAGUUAUUGCACCAAGCUGCUUGGGCUCUCUGUGGCCCUGGAGUCUCAACACUGACUUUCCUGCUGGCCUGACGUGUCCUCUCUGCCAGGGAGCCCUCAGUUGACAGCACGUGGGACAGCCUUCUGCUCUGGGUGAAUAUUUCCUCCAGCUAUAACCUGAACUUGUAUAUUUUUGUGUUAUUUUAAUUCCUUUCUUUCAAAGACUCUUUGGAGCGAGACUCCUGCCUCUAGACUUCCAUAGUUCUGCUUUAUUUACUCAGUCCCUCUUAGGUGUUUAAAUAUUUCUGCUUGCUAGUGACGGUUACUUUUACAUUCAGUGAGACUUGCUUUUGGCAAUAUUCUGACAAAGGGUUUCACAAGAGAUGAUGUCUUUCUGCAAUACACAAAUCACAAUAUUUUAGAUUACUCAUCUAUGCCAGGUCAGUACAGCUUGGGGUGGUCUUAGCCUGUAGGCCUAAAUUCAAAGCCCUGAUGCUCUAGGGAUUGCUGCUUUGCCAUCUCUGUUAGCAGUGUAAAGCAUGGUAGUAGGACUGCCAGAUAUGUUCAAUACUUGAAUUUUAAAAAUGCAUUCUUGCAUUUUUAUUUGCUCUCUCCUUGCCUUUUUUUUUUUUUUUUUUUUUUUUCCCUUCAGUUUUACAGCAGCCAUCUUUGCUAAGAAGGCAUAAAUUGGGGCAUCUAGACGAACAACACUUGUUUAAAUUGAAUAUAGGACUUCUCUGGUCUUUUUAACGUUGGGAAGAUAUUGCUCAGUACUGAAAUAAACUCCUUGCAUCCUUUCUGGUGCAGAGCUUACAAGCCAAAACCAGGAAACUAUUUGUACCCUCAAACCUGUACUUUACAGAAUGUUCUUAGGGCUGAGGUGAAAAGGACCAUGCCGGGGACUGCAGCAAACAUUUACAGUUAAAUUGAAUGUAAAAAUAAAGAGCCUCAUGCCACAUCUUGGUCUUUUUUUUGCAGGUUGAAAAAUAAUUUGUUGAUAUAAAGCAUGUUUUAAUGUGUAUGUCAAAACUAGUUUAUUUAGGGCUGAUCUGCAGAGAGGCAGGGCACUGUAAACAGUAGAAUAUGCUUUGAUUUGCAAAUAUACAGCCCUUUUCAGAACUCAGAGCUGAAAAUGUGUACAGAAGUGAAUUGACUGCUGCCUCUUUUACUAAAAAUGGUAGGAAAACUCCUUAAUUCUCUGUUCUAGCUUAUCAAAUGUGAACUAACAUCUAUUGCCUCUACACUGUGUGGCUUUUUGAUGCACCAGAGCACUUAAUAUAUUCUCAAUGUAUAUUUACAUGUAAUUUUAUGCGGUGGAAUACAGUUCUAAUGUUGGCUGAAUGUACAAAACAAUCUGCCUAUAAUAUUUUUAUGUUCACAGCAAGAUGUGUAAAUAAAUUAAGCUUUACAGUAUUGGUUUAAGGAUAACUUUUAAAUUUUUCAUAAGCAAUAUUGCA